AUGGUUGUCGAACAAGAUAUAAGCAACUCGCUAGACUUGAAUAAUUUGUUGUUUGGACAAUCAAUUUUGUCUGAAAGUAAAGGCAAUUCCAGUGAUCUUUGUGACAAAAAUAUAGGUGCAAUCAAUUUAGAAGAAUCAUUCUUACUUGGUUCUUCUGAUAUAACUAACAGCCAUUCCAGAAGUGAAGAAGAGAAAAAAGAAUACAAACUUAAAUUGGAUAAGGAAAUACAUUUAGAAAAUGGUAUAAAAGAAAAAGACGUGAAAUUUUUCGACGGAUCAUCAAUAGUACUAAAAAAGAAAUCUAAAUUAAAAAAUAGAAUAGACUUAGCUUCAUUAGGCAUAGAGGAGACGGACAACAUAGUAAAUAUGGAUGAACUAUUCAAGAAAAUCAGUGUUAGAAAGUCCUUGAAAAAUAAUCAGGAACAGUCGAGGUCUACUUCUAGCAGACGUAAUAAGCUGCAACAAAGCCAAGUUUGGACUGAAAAAUAUAGACCAUCAAAUUUUAUGCAUUUAUGUUCAGCGGGAAAUGAUAAGCAGUACCGUUUGAUUCUUCACUGGUUGAAAAAGUGGUCGCACGUCGUAUUUGGUGAAUCAGCUUCUCUCAAUGAUAAUGUGGAUUCAUUGGGCCGUCCACAUAAGAAAUUCUUAUUAAUAAAUGGACCUCUGGGUAUUGGAAAAACAAGCGCAGCACAAAUUUUAGCCCGGCAGUUGGGUUAUAAUGUACAAGAACUAAAUGCAUCGAAUAGUAUGGAUACCUUACCCCAAUCUACGUCUGUUACAGGAACAACGUAUACUAAUGCCACAGUUGCUUUAAAGUUAAAGAUUAUGAAUGCCUUGACAACAAAUUCAUUGACCUCAAAAGGAAGACCUACAUGUCUUGUCAUUGAUGAAAUAGAUUCGAGUAUAAAUUCUCAUGAAAUAAUCAAGGUUCUUAAUGAAUUGUCAUAUUCGGAUCAAAGGGCUAAUCAAAGGAUCAAAAGCGAUGCAAACAGUAUAACAUCCUCAUCAGACAGUAAGUCCAAUAAAAGGAAGAAAGAUUUUAUGCUUAACAGGCCUAUUAUUUGUAUUGCUAACGAUAUAUACUCUACUGGUAAUUCCUUCCGUAAUUCAGGAGGGUCCCCAAUGGAUAAAUUAAGACCCUUGUGUGAAAUAGUUACUAUGAGAAAGCCAUCUUCAACAAAGACAGCAUCUGGAGUCAAACGCAGUGGUAAUGCCUCAAGAUCCGUCAAGGAACAUUUAAUGUGGAUUAACGAACGCGAAAAGCUAGGAAUGGAUUACCAGCAGUUAGGUGAAGUAGUGGAAGUAUGUGAAGGGGAUAUUCGAGCCUGUAUCAAUUACUUACAAUUCAAUGCCCGUAAAGUCGAUUUUCCUACUGCACCCAGUGCUUCAAGAGGUGUCAGCAAAUAUAAUAAGGACUCGCAGAUCACCUGGUUUGCUAUGGUUGAUUUAUUAUUCAAAAGAGAUCCACAGUUGUCGAAAGAUGAAAAUUUUAUGGCGCUUAUGGAUAUUGUCAUGAAUGGAGAUGGCAAAUCUAGUUCUAGUAAUCACAGUAGUCUUGAUAAAGUGAUUCGUGGUUGCUUCAAUAAGUAUUUGGACGUUGUUCACGUACAAGAUGAUACAUUACAUAAACCAUCUGAAUUAAGUGACUGGUUAAGCUUUUAUGAUCUGAUAGGUAACAGUAAUGAGAUAGACUAUUCUUCAAGCUUGGUAAGCAUGAAGAUUUGGUCACUAUUUAGUGAAUUAAAUCUGAACAAAUUCUCUAAUGAAAAUAGCCUUCUUCCUAAUAGCAAAAGUCUUGAAUUUGAAGCGUUUGAAUUAAUGAAACAAAAUAAAUCAAUAAUAAAGAGAGUGAUGAAUAAAUUACCUAUCACAUUGAAGCAGACUGUCGGUGGAGGGGGAGAACUAAACCAUACAUUUUCGUGUUAUUUCUUGCCUUAUUUGAAUAAGAUUUUGACACCUGACACUUCUGAGAGUAAAUUAAAGUCAAAUUUGAAAGGUUUUGAAAAGAAUUUAAUAGAAAAGGCUGCAAUUUUAAUUAAAGACAUAGAUUUGCAUUUGGAAAAGCAUCGUGAUUUUGAAACUGGUCAAGAGUCAUUGCAAAUAUCUCCUAGCUGGGAUACCAUUACCAACUUUGAAACUUAUUUUCUGCCUAUUCCUGCCAGUGCAUUAUCCAAGCAAAUUCAGAUUAAAAGACAGUGGCUCUUCCCUCUCAUUCAAUCAGAGAUCGAACGAUUGGAAAUGCUUAGAAAGAGUCACAAAAGAACGUAUGAAUCUUCGAGUUCGAAGCAAAAAGAGGAAACAGACAGCAAAAAGAAGAAAAAUAGAUUAAAUAGUCUUGAAUUCUUCAAAGGUAGGUAUGAUGUCGUUGCAAGUCAGAUAAAUGAGUCUGAUCCAAACCAUGAGUUGACAAGAAUAUGGGUCAAGUAUAAUGAAGGAUUUUCAAAUGCUGUUAGAAAAAAUAUAGGAUGGAAUGAUAUAUGGAUAUAG